GAAACCGGUUUCUUUUCAUAAACAUUGGAACAAUGACCCUCUAGCUGUGUACAACGAAUGGUUCAGGAAAGCAGAUUCUGCACUUCGGAAGCUGAAAACUGCUAAUCCUUCUUCAGAGAAAGAUGAACUGUAAUCUAUCCAAACCUGAAUGUCCAGACAUUGAAACCUGAAUAUCCAGGCAUUGAAACCUGAAUAUCCAGACAUUGAAAUCUGAAUAUCCAGACAUUGAAAUAUGGAUAUCCAGACAAUGAAACCUGAAUAUCCAGACAUUGAAACCUGAAUGUCCAGACAUUGAAACCUGAAUGUCCAGACAUCUAAACCUGAAUAUCCAGACAUCUAAACCUGAAUAUCCAGACAUUGAAACCUGAAUAUUCAGAUAUUAAAACCUGAAUAUCCAGACAUUCGAACCCGAAUAUCCAGACGUUGAAACCUUAAUAUCCAGGCAUUGAAACCUCAAUAUUGAAUCAGGAAACCUGAAUAUUCAGCCUAAAAGCCAGAGUAUUGAAUAUGGAAACCUGAAUAUUUUGUCUAGAAACCUUAGUAUUUAAUAUGGAAGCCUGAAUAUUCAGUCUGGAAACCUGAAUAUCGAGUCCAGAAUCCAGGCCAGAGUAAGAAACUUAUAAAUGUGGAUUACUAAAAACUAUUGAUAAGGUGGUUUAGCAAUAUCAUUGGUUAAUUUUUUAAAUUUCCACAUCUGAUCUAAAAACUAGGAAUCUCAAGGUCUAGUGAAAUCCCAGAUUUGAACCAGAAGUUCUUAAAAUGACAAGGCUCAAACUUUAUUGUAUUUGAUAAAGAGCAAGUACCAAAUGGCGCUUUAGUUGCCUAGUUUAGUUCAAGGAUUUAUUCUAAAGGGAUUGUUAGCUUUUUUAUUUAAAUUUCCAAAUCUUUAUUUUAUUCGGAUAAAUCGUUUUUACUCAAAGUUCUGAUCACUUUGACUCUCAGGAGCAUCUUUGAGCAGUUACUUGAUACAUCGCCGAUCCCUAAACCUGAUGGCAUUUUAGUAUUUUGAAAUAUAUGAACAAUUCUAAAAACAAAACUUUAAAAAGCUUUGCCUCAACGUGUUUAGAUUUCAAUACACUUUGUGCUUUAUAAGUGUUUCAACAACUUGAUAUAGAUUUCCGACCCUCUUAGGGUCCCUCCUAGGGGACCUUCUAGGGUCCUUCCUACCACUGUGAUUGUGAUUUUAGUCCUUAAUAUGAACAUGUUUUUUCAGGGGGCAGAAGUUCCAAACCUGACACUGACGAAAUUCUGAAUGUUGGUUAUUUUUUAACUUUUUUGUUAGCUUGGGAAUCAACUUAACUUAUUGCUUAUCUAAGCCAAGAAUAUUUCCGUUGCUCUACCAAGUUCCCCAAAUCAAAAUUUGUGGCAAAUCGGUUAAGAAGUUUAUGAGCUAUGGUCAGACAGACAAACUGAAAUUUGUGGGCGGGUUUUUAAAAGAUUUAUAAUAGUUUAAGUUAAAUUUGGCCAAGUUACGGUUUGGAACUUCCCCCCCCCCCCUGCAUUUACUUCUAAAGUAUUGUUAAUGCAAUUCUUAUUGUUUGUUUUCAAACUUAUUUUAUAAACUGUAUUCAUUAUUCACCUGUAUUGUGUUUCACGUAAAAUUGUGUAAAAGCUUAUUAAAUAGUGUGUUAAUGUAUUGGAUUGCAAAAGUUUCAGAUAAGAAUGGAAAUGAACUUGGACGAAGGUAUUAUCAAAGAGUUGGCUUUCUGGAGAGCUAGAACUGCAGGCCUUGAAUACGAAAAUGCUCAGCUUUACUCUCUCAUUCAUAACAUAACAGGGUUAGAUUUGAGGUUGACUGCUUCCAAAACAGCAGCUACAGCUUCUUUAACAGCUUCGCUGCCAAGUGGUAGAACUGCUGUAGCUACAAAAACAGCUCCAUUGUUGAGCAAUAACCAAUACAGAGCAGCAAGAAAUUCUGAAACUUCAUCAUCUUCUUCCUCAUCUUUAUCCUCUUCCAGUGAAGAUGAAUCUGACGAAGAAGAACUUGAGAAGAGAGAAUUGAAGGAAGUAAGGAAGAAGAAGCAGACCGAAGACGACAUUAAGAAGACACAGCCCAAUCACGACAUCAAGAAGAAACAGCUAAAAGACGACUUUAAGAAGAAACAGCCAAAAGAUGACAUUAAGAAGAAACAGGCUGAAGUCGACAUUAGGAAGGGAGAAACGGAGGCAGAAGAAGUUGAAAAACAAGAAUUGGAAGAUUUUCUCCAGUUUAUGAGAAUAUCGGAUGAGCACAAGCAAAACAGAAAUGAUAAUGCCAAAUCUAACAAUGAAGGUAGGUGAAG